AGUAUUUCAUUUCCUGGCAUUAUCGUGGGAAAACUUUGUAUUUACUUGAAUCUUAUAUCACAUCUGUAACUUCCUAUCCCUGAAGCAGGAGGUGUCCACUUGGUGAGGAGCUAAAUACAGUGGACCCCCGCUUAACGAUCACCUCCCAAUGCGACCAAUUAUGUCUAAGAACACUGAUGGAGUAAAUAUCAGAGAAGCAAAAAGGAAGGACUGCAGUGGCAUUAGAAAACUCAUUCAAGACUUAGCAGAUUAUGAGAAAAUGCCUGAAGGGCCACAGAUUGAUGCCAAAACACUGCAAGAAGAUUCAUUUGGAGAGAUGACAUUUUACAAGGCAUUUGUAGCUGAGGAGGCUGACACUUUAGUGGGUUAUGUCUUGUUCUUUUAUACCUAUUCUCUGGAUGGAAGAGGUGUCUAUAUGGAGGACCUAUACAUCAGCCCCACACACCGUAGUCGUGGCAUUGGCUCAGCUCUUUGGAGGAAAGUGGUUCAGGCUGGAAUUGAUGCUGGAGGAUGCAGGUGUAGCCUUUCUGUAUUAAACUGGAAUACUCCAAGUAUUGAAUUCUACAAGCUGAAAGGAGCAACCAAUUUGACACAAGAGAAAGGUUAUCAGUUUUAUAGGAUGAUAGAAAGUGUAAUGAAGAAAUACGCUAAGGAGUGAUACUGCAAGACUAAUCAAUAUUGUACAGUAUUAAUUUAUUUCUGCCAAAAACUAUAGAUGCUGACUUAGGUCACUCUUUUGGGCUUCUAACAAUUUGUUUUAAUACACUGACCAUUUUCUACCAAAUUAGGCUGACUCAAAAAAAAAAAAAAAAUACCCAUUCCUGAUCUGCCUUUCUGUAAGUGAAUAGACAUUACAGUCCAAGUUACCCAUUGAAUCACAACAUUGCCAUCCAUCUGAAUGUGCUAAUAUUAUUGUUGAAAUAUUAUGUACUAAUUGCAUUUUCUUAACCACUGGUGUAAUUAGUUAAAAAAUUGAAGAAAUUCUAAGCUUCUCAACUAGUUUAAUUUGUUAAUUGAAUGUAUACCGUAUAUAAGCUGUACAAAAAUGCACAUAUAGAUUUUGUUUAUAUAAUAUAGUUCUGUAUCUACAAGGUAGAAUUGAAGAACCAAGAAAUAUUGAUUCAAAGAUUUUAAAUGAUAAUUCAUAAAGUAACAUUUAUGAAGGGAUUCCAGGAAACUGGCAGGCCAGACUUGAGUCCUGGAGAUGGGAAGUACAGUGUCUGCACUCUGAAGGAGGGGUGUUAAUGUUGCAGUUUUAUAAACUGCAGUGUAAAGCACCCUCUGGCAAGACAGUGAUGGAGUGAAUGGUGAUGAAAGUUUUUCUUUUUCGGGCCACCCUGCCUUGGUGGGACUCGGCCGAUGUGUUAAUAAAAAAAAACAUAAUAAAAUGCAUGUAUAUUACCUAUACAUGCUUUUUUUCAACAACCAGGCCAUAUCCCAUUGAGGCAGGGUGACCUAUAAAGAAAAAACUAAAGUUUCUCUCUUUAAAUUUAGUAAUGUAUACAGAAGGGGUUACUAGCCUUUUGCUCCCGGCAUUUUAGUCGGCUCUUAUGACAAGCAUAGCUUAUGGAGGAAGAAUUCUGUUCCACUUCUCCAUUUAUAUACCAAAUAUUUUUUUGUUUUUCUUCAUGCUACUACAUACAUACAGUAUACCAUAAACCCCAUAAAUAAAAGUAUCUAUUUGUAUGUUGCAAACCAUUUACCCAACUUGACUGCAUUGUCCACUAAAUUUUCUGAAAAUUCAUGUUUGAUAUAUAAAGAAAUCAUCUUAGUUUUACUUCACUCAUUAAAUGAUCAAAAUUAUAAACUCGGCAAUAAUGAUAGAGAUACAUGAAACAUCUCUUUAUUGUAACAAAGUUUGACUCAGAAAGAUCCCUGAUUCAUCAUUCUUUAUCAUCUUGUUGGCUCAAUGCCUCUCCUGCCUACUAAUAGAAUUCUUAUUUCCUGUGUGUGUGUUUGUGUGUAGAGUUACGUUGCAAAUAAAUAAAUCAAUGAUUGAG